AUGGGUAACCAGCAGUCUAAUAUGGGCGGUGGCCCCGGUGGCGAUGGACGUGAUGACAAGGACAAGAAGAAGGACAAGCCCAGAUAUGAACCCCCUCCACCACCGACGACCCGCAUUGGACGAAAGAAGCGUAAGGCCGCCGGUCCCAGCACUGCCUCGAAGCUUCCAGAUAUUUUCCCUACCUCAAGGUGUAAACUGCGAUACCUCCGAAUGCAGCGCGUCCACGACCACCUAUUGUUAGAAGAGGAAUAUGUCGAGAACAUGGAACGGCUUCGCAAGGCCAAGGCCCAGGCAACGCAGGGCCCCGUCAGCCGAGAGGACCCCGACAUGAUGGAUCGGAAUGCAGAUGAGCGGAGUCGUGUCGAUGAUAUGCGAGGCAGCCCCAUGGGGGUGGGCAACCUGGAGGAGCUCAUUGACGAUGACCAUGCGAUAGUUUCCAGUGCCACUGGCCCGGAAUACUACGUAUCUAUCAUGUCAUUCGUCGAUAAGGAUCUCCUCGAGCCCGGCGCUAGCAUUUUGUUACAUCACAAAUCCGUUUCAGUCGUCGGUGUGUUGACGGAGGAAUCCGAUCCUUUGGUGUCUGUGAUGAAGCUGGAUAAGGCCCCCACCGAAUCCUAUGCCGACAUUGGUGGUCUGGAAUCACAGAUUCAAGAAGUCCGAGAGGCGGUCGAGCUGCCGCUACUACACCCUGAGUUGUACGAGGAGAUGGGUAUUAAGCCACCGAAGGGUGUCAUUCUCUACGGUGCUCCUGGAACCGGAAAGACGCUACUGGCCAAGGCUGUUGCGAACCAGACAAGUGCGACUUUCCUCCGCAUUGUCGGCAGUGAGCUGAUUCAGAAAUACCUCGGUGAUGGCCCGCGUCUCGUUCGCCAGAUUUUCCAGGUCGCUGCCGAGCACGCGCCAUCCAUUGUCUUCAUCGAUGAGAUUGAUGCCAUCGGCACCAAGCGUUAUGAUUCUACGUCUGGCGGUGAAAGGGAGAUCCAGCGUACCAUGCUGGAGUUGCUGAACCAGCUUGAUGGAUUCGACGACCGUGGCGAUGUGAAGGUCAUCAUGGCUACCAACAAGAUCGAAACACUGGAUCCAGCUCUUAUUCGACCUGGCCGUAUUGACCGAAAGAUUCUUUUCGAGAACCCCGACCAAAACACCAAGAAGAAGAUUUUCACUCUGCACACAUCGAAGAUGUCCCUUGGCGAUGAUGUCGAUCUGGACGAGUUCAUUAACCAGAAGGAUGACCUCUCUGGCGCGGAUAUUCGUGCGAUCUGUACUGAGGCUGGUUUGAUGGCUCUGCGUGAGCGUCGUAUGCGGGUGCAGAUGGAUGACUUCCGCGCAGCUCGUGAGCGCAUCAUGAAGACCAAGCAGGAUGGUGGCCCUGUCGAGGGACUGUACUUGUAA